AUGUUAGUUGGCGGGUCUCGGCCUUUGGUACAGUGGAACGCGCGGAACAAGGGCAAGCCUCCAAUGGCAACGGUUCUAAACGAGAUCAAGCGAUGGAAGUCCGACGUUCCACGGCCACAGACUCCGCGCGAGCGGUUUCUGGCAGCAGGAAAGAACAAAUUGGACCGGCUCAAGCUACGGGCGAAAUGGAUAUUGCUGCGACAAAACCGGCCGUUCAACGUGGACGAGAUCAGUGCGUUUUUGUCGUGGAUCGUGAUGGGCAACUUCCUGUGGAUUUUCAUUGGGACCACCACGUUCUGCGGACUGAUCAUCUACGCAGGCAAUCUUUUCACCGACGGCAAGAUAAACAAGAAAGUUCUGGAGAAACUGAUCACCCUAGACAACAAAUUACAGGUGGACAUCACAGGCAACGACUUCAAGGCUUCGUGGGAAGACGGGAUGAUCAAGUUCCAGAAUUUGGUGAUGAACUCGGGCGCUAAUGGACAUUUAAAGUACUCUUUCAAGAUAGACACAGUGACGGUGACGUUAUCGCUUAGCAAAUGGAUGGAAGGAAAAGGUCUUAUUAAGGACGUUAAUUUGACCGGGGUGAUUGGCACGGCCGAUCUGGACGAGCACUACGAGGAGGUGAUGGACGAGGCGUUUUCGCCGCAGUACGAGUUCGAGCAGUUUGAGGUGAACAACCUCAAGCUUGUGAUGAAACGGAAAAAGAGCGCUCCGAUGGAGGUGGAGAUUUUCAACUGCAAGCUGCCGAAACUGCGCCGCAACUGGAUCACGUACGACUUCAUCAAUGCGGACGCGCUGUCCGGGUCGAUCAACGGGUCGCUGAUCACGCUGCACAAACGGCAGCACCAGUUUGCGCAAUUUGCGGGGAUGGACACCACCGAGGACAAUUCUCCAUGGAAGAAGGUGACACGGCUGCGGAUCGACCAGCUGGACCUGUCGCGAGUGACGGGACCCAAAUCGAAGCUGAACUGGCUGCGGGCGGGCACUGUGGAACUGGUGGUGGAUAUCAUGCUACCAACGGAGGACGACAACGAAAGUCUGACAGAUUUGCUAUUGCCGGGCCAUCAGGGCGUGGAGGGAAACAAGUACGUUGUUCUGGACUGCAAAAUCAACUUCCAUGAUUUGCAAGCACGGAUGCCGGCCAAGACGCCAAGCUCGUCGCUAACGCAAACCCCGUACAUUUCAGAGACAGAUUUACGGGGCUUAGUGAGCUUUAUCAAUAACAAGCGCUUUGGCUUGGCUCUUCGCGCAUCAGAAGGCUGGGACAUUGACGAGACCGCCACAUACGACAGGGCUGAGUUGGCUGCCGACGCGGAUCUUAGAGACAAUGACGAGUCGCAGGUUCCUACAGUGAAGUUUCGGUUGGUGCACAAUCUGGCAGACUUUGAGUUGGUUGACAUUGUUGCUAUUCUGGGACUGCAUUCGGAUACGGUUCACGAUCUGGGCCCAUUGCAGCAACUGAGUUACCAAAAUAGCAACAAAUUGCUAGACUCCGCCAUGACGGAACUUUUGGGGUGUUUGAUGCUCUACAAAGAGGAGCUCCAGCAACGGCUGAUAGGGGCGUACGCCAAACGGACAAAGUUUGAGAUCUUUUUCAACAACUUUGUGCUUGGGAACUUAUUGUUGGUUGGUCUUGGCAGCUUUGUGAUUUAG